AUGGCAAAGAGUAAGCAGACGCUCCUACUAUCCCUGCUCCUCACGGUGCUCGAGCUCGUAUCGCUACCUGCGCCGUCAUGCCAAGAUGUCAACUUUGAGGUGUGGUUGAGGAACCAGCCGACAGACCCCGGCAAAGAUGUGGGAUGCGUGAAGACGGAUGUUGCACUCUCUUCCGCGGAGACCAAUAAGGUAACAAAUUCUAUCGACCCCACCACCGAAUUGAGACCUGAAGAUGGAAGCUACAAGACCAUUAGCGAGGCCAUAGCCAACAUCCCCGACGGCAGCACCAAGCGCUACGUCCUCUACCUCAAGGCUGGCGCUGUGUUUCGUGAGAAGCUAUUCCUCAGUAGAAGCAAGCCAUUUGUCACCAUAAGGUCCAGCGACCCCAACAACCCCGCUGUCAUUGUUUGGAACGACACUGCAACCACACCGGGCAAGGACGGCAAGCCCCUUGGUGUGGACAACAGUAGCACCGUGACCAUAGAGUCCGACUACUUCAUCGCCUAUAGCGUCGUCUUCAAGAAUGACGCGCCGCUGCCGAAACUAGGGGAAAACAAAGGCGAGGCACCGGCGCUGCGGGUGCUGGGAACAAAGGCUAUCUUCUACAACUGCACCAUCGACGGCGGACAGGGUGCUCUAUAUGACCAAAGUGGACUGCACUACUUUAAGUCUAGCGUCAUCAAGGGAACAAUCGACUUCAUAUUUGGCUCUGCCAAGUCAUUUUAUGAGGAUUGCAGCAUUGUUUCUGUGAAUAAGGAGAUCACAACUUUGCCAAUGGCGCCGUUGCAGCAGCAGCAGCGCGACAAAACUAUCAAGGCUGCCCCCGGAGAAAGUGGGUUCUCCUUCAAGACCUGCACCUUCAAGGGAGAUGGACAAAACAUCUACUUAGGUAGGGUGGGCACGCCUUUCGUUUUCUCGUACUCCCAGAUUGACAAGGAGCUCAUGGCCAUUAUCUCUGAUGGGGGAAGGGUCCAGCUGGCCGAAAGGAUUGGGUCGACCUACUACGCCGAUUUCAAGUCCUAUGGUCCUGGGUUGGCUAAAAUGCUAACCAAAGAUCUUACUUAUGCUGAGGCCAAACCCUUUCUCGGAGUGCACUACAUAUCAGGACAGACAUGGAUCCUAUCCAUACCACCAGAGCACCUAGAUGCACCGGCACCAUAAAGUGAAUCGGCACAAGCUGUACUCUCGCAUUCUUGUCUAUCAAAAUAAAUCAUGCAAGAACCAAUACAAAUACCAUAGGCAUGGAUGAAAAAACAAAAGGAAUACAUUAAUCUAUUAGUUCGAAAUGGGUAUCACCCGUUGCUACCAACUUCUGUUAUACAGAAGUCAUUCAUAAGAUCGCAGAUGUAACGCCCAGUUUUCUAAGGAAAUGA